GAGGAGAAAAGGGGUUCGGCGGGAAGAGGAGAAUAACAUGAAAUAAGUAAGGAGGUCAACCUCUUUCAAAUAUACAACAUGGAUUAUGACAAUGUAGUUGGACUCUCAUGUCGAUCCGCAUGAAUUAUCCUUUCCAUGGAAGUAAAUCUUUGUCUGCUAGGCAAGAGGAUAAGAUGGAAUCACGCAAAACUAUGAUGAGUCAGCUGGGAACUUCUAGAGCUCACCCCACUGCAUUGACAUCUAGAUUAACAAAUUCUCUCCCAGAGGCCACCUCAAGAAGCAACUUAGCAUCUAGACAGCUAGCUUCCUCUCCCGGAUUAAACACUUCAAGUUCUAGUCUUCGAAGACCAUCUUCUUCAGGUGGAUCAAGACCUUCAACUCCUACUGGUAGACCGACAUUGAGCUCAUCUAGAUCCACCUCGACCUCAGCAUCUAGAUCCACAUCUGCUGCAGCAACCAAAGCAAUGGCAUCCACUGCAACCUCUAGAUCAAUGUCAACCACGACAGCAUCUAGAUCAUCAAGGUCUGCAACACCUACUUCUCUGGCCACCAUGCCUUCUGCAAAACCCACUGUUCCUCCAAGAUCUUCAACACCUACUGCAAGAUCCAGUGCACGGUCCUCAACACCAACAAGCAGGGCCUCAGUUACUGGAUCAAAGUCCACAUCAAGGGCAGCAACUCCAACUCGUCGAGCAACUUCAGUGUCAAGUACAACAAAUACAACUGUUCCUCCAGUUAAAUCUGUGUAUUCCCCUUCGGGUACCAGGUCAGCUACAACGGCAUCACGAAACCCUGCAGCCUCACAUGCUAGUUCUCCAACUGUAAAACCCAGACCAUGGAAGCCUUCAGAUAUACCAGGGUUCUCCCUUGAUGCUCCACCCAAUUUAAAGACAUCACUACCUGACAGGCAUUCAGCUACAAGGGGCAGACCUGGAGCAGCUAGUGUCAGGUCUUCAUCUGUUGAGCCAGCUUCAAAUGGAAGGGUUAGACGACAGUCAUGCUCUCCAGCAAGAGCACGUCCUCCUAAUGGUGUUAUGCAUAGCAGUGGAAGCUCUGUUCCUGUACCAUCCAUGAACCGACUGCUUCAUUCUAAAGCCAAGGACAAUGUAAGCCCUGGCAUGGUUGGGACCAAAAUGGUUGAAAGGGUAAUAAAUAUGCAGAAGCUGGUUCCUCCAAAAACAGAUGGCAAACAUUCUCCAUGCAGUAACUUAUCUGCAAAGUCUUCGUCACCUGAUAGCUCAGGUUUUGGAAGAUCAUUAUCAAAGAAAUCCUUGGAUAUGGCUAUUAGACAUAUGGAUAUAAGGCAGAGAGUCUCGGGUAAUCUGCGUCCCUUGAUGACUAAUAUUCCAGCAUCCUCUAUGUACAGUGUGAGAUCAGGGCCGCCUACUAGAGGCAGGACAAGCAGGUCAAUUAGCGUGCCUGACUCCCCACUUGCCACGAGCAGUAAUGCUAGUUCUGAGGUGAGUGUAAGCAACAACGUUGUGUGGGUUGAUGGAAGUGAAAUUGAUGAAGACAUUAGCAGUGAUAAAGGUGCUCGAUCACCUGCCAGUGUGCGUGGGAGGUGAUGAUUGGCUUUCAUGCUGCAUGAUGCUUUCUAUGUUUUGGAUCGGUGCCAAUUUGAGAGUUCUGACACCUGAAUAUGAUUGUUUCCCUGGAAGAACUGACUGAUUUGAUUCACCUGACCAUGUAAA